GGCUGGGAAGUGACGGCAGCGAGGACCCGGAUGUGGCGGGGGCGGGGCUGAGGCGCACCCCGCCCAGGAUCACGUGAGGCGGCGGUCACGUGACACAGCGAUGGGGACGGCGCUGGACGUGCGGGUGAAGCGCGCCGGGAAGGUCUAUCGCGAUGGGGAAAUUCUUUCUGGAGUGGUGGUCAUAACCAGUAAGGACACAGUGCAGCACCAGGGGAUCUCCUUAACCAUGGAGGGCUCAGUGAAUCUGCAGCUCAGUGCCAAAAAUGUGGGUGUGUUUGAGGCCUUCUGCAACACUGCCAAGCCUAUUCAGAUUAUCAACAGCACCAUUGAAAUGGUGAAACCAGGGAAGCUCCCCAGUGGCAAGACAGAAAUUCCCUUUGAAUUCCCACUGCAAAUGAAGGGCAACAAAGUUCUCUAUGAGACAUACCAUGGAGUCUUUGUCAAUAUCCAGUACACCCUGCGCUGUGACAUGAGACGUUCCCUGCUGGCAAAGGACCUGACCAAGACUUGUGAGUUCAUUGUCCACUCCCUGUCACAGAAAGGGAAGCUGCUGCCGAGCCCUGUGGACUUCACCAUUACUCCUGAAACUCUGCAAAAUGUUAAAGAGAGAGCCUCCCUCCCCAAAUUCCUGAUCAGAGGGCACCUGAACUCCACCAACUGUGUGAUCACGCAGCCGCUGACGGGGGAGCUGGUGGUGGAGAGCGCCGAGGCGGCCGUCAAGAGCAUCGAGCUGCAGCUCGUGCGUGUGGAGACCUGUGGGUGUGCUGAGGGCUAUGCCAGGGAUGCCACGGAGAUCCAGAACAUCCAGAUCGCCGACGGCGACGUCUGCAGGGGCCUCCCCAUCCCCAUCCACAUGGUGUUCCCCAGGCUCUUCACCUGCCCCACCCUGGAAACAACUAACUUCAAAGUGGAGUUUGAAGUGAACAUCGUGGUCCUCCUGCACGACGACCAUCUCAUCACAGAGAACUUCCCCCUGAAGCUGUGCAGGAUGUGAACAUCCACAGGAGAAGGAUUUUCUGGGAAUUCCUCAGAGGGAAAGUGGAACUUUAUCCAUGCUUGACUUCAGCUGGAGCCACCUCACUUCCUUCUUCCUGUGGACACUUCUUGUGCUUCCACUUCUCUAUUAGCCUGGCCAAGACUUGGCCUCUCUUCAUUUCCCAAUCCUACUGCCUUCAACAACCAUGUUUUUCCCAAUUUUUCUCAGGCAAAUCCUGAAGGAAUCAUUCUGUAGCUUUCUACAGCUUGUAGAAGUAUGUAGCAAGUUCCUCUCUUGAUUUAAUUUUGUAAUAUUUGUUCCAAAGUCCUUUGAAGACCCCUUAAAACUCAUAAAUCCCAUUGUAGCCAUACUGGGAGGAUAUGGGAAUUGUUACACGAUGAGAAAUAAGGUCUUUGAAGGUCUAAAAAAUGGUGCUACAACUCUGGAAGGUGGUGCUGUGGGAUCUGUCCCAAGGUGGAUGGGAAAUGAAUUAUUUCAAAUCACACCAAGGAAAUUUUGGUCAAACUGGGAACAGGAGUUGGUGUUGAAGGAAUAAAUUCAUGUGUUUGUGACUGUACAACUUAAAGGAAAAGUAAUUCAGUAAGAAAUAACCUUCCCAACACAAACAGGUUGUGGAUUUUGAUGUUGUUUUCAUGGAACAGCCACAACUUGUGGGUUUUCCAUUAAUUUUCCAUGUGGAGUAGAGGCAGGCUCAGUCUAUAUUAUGGAAAUUGGAAGUGUAAAGAUGAGCCUCUAAAAAGGCAGAAUUAAGAAAACUAAGAAAAAUCAUUUUCUUUGGUUUGUCCAGCAGCAUUGCCAAGCAGGAGAAUGUAAUUCCAGUUUGGGUCCUGGUGUUUUAGGAAGAAAAAGCUGAAAUUUUCCUUUCAGUGUCUGGGAAUGGGGAGGAAAAUGGUAUUUACUGAAACUUAGCACUUUUCCCUGAGACCAGGGGGAUUUGGGGAAGAGCUGCAGCCCCCCAAACUUCUGGAAGCUGAAAAGGAUUCCAGUGCUGGAUUUUUUAGGCCUUAAUCCUACAGCACAGAGUAGUUACUCACCCCUAACUCAGAGUGAGCAGAAAUACCACACAAACAACAGGUUUGACUGCAGCAGUAAUUUUAUUUUGUUAUUCAAGUGGUAACUAAUACAGUGAUUAAUGAGAGAGGAGUUUAAAACUUCAGCUGGAGAAGAUGUAGCAGUGUGGGGAACAAGUGAUCCCUGGAAUUAGCCAAGAGCUCCUAAUCCAUGUGAUGCUCCCUGGAUUCAGACAACAGAAUAUUUGAGUUUAAGAUCCUCAGGCUCUGGUCCUCACUUUUGGCUGUUUGGGACAAAUUUGUCUGUGUUGAAGGUGCUCUGGCCACUUCAGACUCAGAAAACAGUGGGAGAAAACUCCCUGAGCUGUUGGAAUUCUGCCCCUCCUGCUACUGGUGACCAUUCCUGCACAAAAUACAGAGGAAGUGCCACUUAAAAAUCCUUUAAAAAAUCCUUCCCAGUUAAACAGAGCAGCUCUUCAACACGGGGGGAAAUUAAAAUUUCAACCUUAUUUUGAGAUUAAAGAACUGAUCCAUAUUAAUUUAAAAUUCUUGCUUCAAAAUGUGACUAAAAGUCAUUAUUUAAACAAUUUGAAUUCUCAGCUGUGGGUUUUUGGGGAGAGAGGAGCUGCAAAGACCACACCAGGCUUGAAUCCUGGAUUAUCAAUGCCAGAGGAAGGGCAUGUCUUGAUUUCCAAUUCUGUUGGUCCAUCCUUUGGGUCACCUACUUGUUUGAUAUUGGAAUAAAUCUGAGGGGAAAGCCCCCUCUUCACAGGAAUCAUGCACUGGCCUUUUAGCUAAAAGAAUUUGCUACUUUCAGUGUCCCUUAGCCAAAAAUUCAGCAGUGUUGUGUGCUGCCAGCCCUGAACUGCACAGCUUCGGGCAGGAACCAGGAGAAAUCCUGGAUCUUGGAGUGAAAUCCCAUGGCCAAUGAACCCAGGGUUCUGUCCUGUCCCCCAGCACUGGGCUUGUGCUGCAGCCCCUUUACAUCUUGAAUUCUGCAGUGAAGGAGUAAAACAGGAGUAAAGCAGGCUCAGCUGGACUUGUUCCAUGCAGGAAGCUCAGGGAAGUCCUCGGGCAGCAGAGCGUGGACACGGCAGAUGGGGCAGGUGGAAUGCUGCUUGAGCCACGUUCGGAUGCACUGCGGGAACAGGGAGAGGGUCACAGGCAGAACUGGGGAAGGGGAGCCCAGGGGAGGCUGAAAAUGAUUGACUGGCACUAGUGGGGAAGCUCUUCAGGGAGUUCUACACCCCCAAAUUUCAGUGGUGUGGAACUGUCCUCCUGCUCUGAUCAGAUUUAUUCUGCAAGAACAAAUCAGCAUUAAAACCAAAAAGGUAAAGGGAGACAUGUGGAGUUAUUCCAACACAAUCCUGGCUUUUUUACUUCAUGAAUUUCCACUAGCAGGAGGCAAAUACAGAGUUUUCAGGGAUAACCCAUUCCCUGAGUGUGCUGCCAGCAAUCCCAACCAAAUUCAUUCUCUGAAGCAUCAUCUGAAAUCCACUCUGAUGAAUCAUUUUACUUUCAAAAACACCUAAAGCUUUCUGACAGGCUGUGGGUCAAGUUUGGAUGGCAAAGGCUAGAAAAAGGAAUUAUGCCCUGUUGUUUAAGCACAGAAGGGUAAGGGGAGGGUAAAGGGGUUGCUUUUGAGGUGGAGAUGAGGAACAGGAGCAGAACUCACCUCUCUGUGGAAGUGAUGGCCACACUCGAGCUCACAGCAGUCUCUGCUCAGCUCAUCGUGACAGAUGGUGCAGGGAUCCUCACUGCAGGCCUGGCCAGGAGAGGAAUGCUCAGAUAUUUAAAAAUCAGCAAUUAACCAGCACAAUCUACUCAAUUAACAAGGUCACUAACUUUAACCAAGUCUACUGAAGCUUUUGUACACAAAAUAAACGAGGCAAUUUUUUUUUUU